AUGGCCUCUCCUCCGCCACCCUCGGCCUCUCAACACGCCUGCGCGGUCUGUGGGGAAGGCGGCCGCGCCAAACUUAACUACGGGACCCGCACCUGCGCCUCUUGCCGCGAGUUCUUCCGCCGCCGCAACGGGGCUGACCUGGGCCCAUGCAAGAGGGAGGGCAACUGUCCCAUCAACCAGCACACACGCGGCGCGUGCCCUCCAUGUCGACCACAGAAAUGCCGGGCCAUCGGAAUGCGGCCUCAUGCCCAAGCUGCGCCCAUCCUCUCGCAGCACCCCACUGAUCAACAAGAGACCAACCGCACGGAAGCCCACAACGACGCCCUUGCCAGACAUAUCACUUCAAAAUGUGCCGACGGACACACCAGAGGUGCCUUUCGCCUCUUGACCACUUUCGACACCGUCGCCCAACCGGACGCAGGAGCUAUAGAAGAACUCAGGGCCAAAGACCCCACAGCCUCUCCCGACGAAGACCUGCAGCAUUAA